AUGAUCGCCCAACUUAUAGCCGUUGCUGUCGUUUCGAGCGUAGUACAUACGCGACAUGUGAAUGAAGAUUUCAGUGCGUACAAAGAUGCAGUUGAACAAUUCGCUGGAAACCAUUAUGGCCAAAGUGACUUAAACGCUUUUGGCCAACCCGAAGGUUAUCAACAAAUUCGUCAUACAGAUCAUAGUCUUGUGGUUCCAAAAACCAAUCUACAUCGACCGAACAAUGUCAAACAAGUGAACGGUGAUAGUGCUUAUAUUAUUAACGAGAGAAGUCAGCAGUUGAGACUAAAUCCCGAGUCAAAUCAUAGGUUUGAGAGUAGAAAUUCCGAACCAAUUGAAAGUGGUGUAGUAGUGACACAAAAUACAAGAGAACAUUUAGGAAACAGUGAACCAGUGAGAGUUAAAACUGCAGUUCUAGGAAACGGUGUUCAAAACAAUCACAAUUUAAAUGAAAAUACACAUAACCACGCAACUCAAUUAAAUAAUGCACAAGGCCAAAGAACUACGACGCCUAAUCAAAACAAUAAGAAUAGAACAGCAUCACGUUCAAAACAACAAAAUCACGUUAAAGCGUUAAACAACCAACAUAAUGUAGAGAAUAAUGUUGAUCAUGUACAUCAUGUAGAACCAGUUACAGAGAAGAAACUGUACACAAACUCUCCAACAUCACCGACUCCUACUCAAGAUAAUAAAGAAGAAGAUAAUAUGUGGAUAUGGAGUGACAAAGGUGAGACCACUCCAGGCACUGAUUUAGAAGAUAGAGCGGCUUUUUCUGGAGAUGGCUGUCCUACUGGGAAAACGAAGAUAAACGGGUCAGACAUGUGCAUUGAGAAACACUGA